AUGGUGCUCACCAGGUCGUCGCGGCCUCAGGCCAGGAUCCAAAGCACGUCAGCUGUAAGAUCCACGCAGAAGAGUUCCGCUGCCUGUGGAAUUAAAGCGCAUCCAGAAAGCGUAAAAAAAUCCAAGUCUGAUGACCAAAGUACUGUGGAAUCACAUACCACUUGGAAAAAUAGUCCAGUCUCUAGAACUACUGAAAUCAGAAAGAGGAAAGGCAAAACUGAAGGCUCAUUACCAGAGAUGAUUGAACCACUUGCUGAAGGAGAGAUCUCUGAAGCAGAAUCAAAUUGUUCUGUGUCUGAGAUCCAGGAUCCCAUUGUAAGAAUAACUAGAAGAAGACAGAUCUUAGUUCCAAGUACCCCAGUGUCCACUGUGAGGAAAAGGCAGAAAAGAACACCGGUAAAUGAGUCUAAUAAUGAAGUCUCUGAAACAGAAUCUCAUGUUUCAGAUAUUUCUACAUCAGUGCCUUCCACAGUAAUAAAUACAAGAACCAGAAGAAAGGAAGCUAAAUUGCUAACAGAAUCAAGCCAAGAAUCACAUACAGAAGAUAAUUCUGAUGCUGAGUCAUCAUGCUCAGACAUUUCUUCAGUUUCAGAAAUUGCCAUUAGGAGAACAACCAGGAGCGUGUACAGAAAAUUACAGACAUUAACUGAAGAGCAAGUUGUUAAGAUUGUACCAGGAAAUGAAAAGCAACAUUGUAAAGACUUAGAUGAGGAAACCAAAAGAAUAACAAAUAAAGGAAAAGAAAUUAAUGAUAGAAGAGGUAAUUUGAGUCUCUCUCAGGCUCAGGAUGCUAGCCUUCAGCAAUUAGUUUCUCAAAAGCAUUCAACUCCAGAGAAAAACAAAACUAUAUCAGAACCCUCAAAUCUGAACUUAGAAUGUGUAAUGAAAUCAUUAACUCAGACAUUUGCAGUUGUAAAAGUGGACAGAUGGAAUGAUAACAGCACCAUAAAAACAAGUGACUUGACACCAUUUGGUGCCACUGCUGAUGAAGAGUGUACAGUUUUAGGUGUCAGUGAAGAGGAGAAUGAUAAAAGGAAUGCAAGUUUUGAACAUGAUACCAAACUCUCUAAUUUGGAGCUCAGCACAUCUCAGGACAAGGGUGAUUCUGUUUUAUUAGUUCUCAGCAGUGAUGAAAGCCAGUUGUCUGAAAACGGUGAGAAUGAGGAAGACACAGUAUGUUUUGUUGAAAGUCAUAGUGGAAGGGAAUCACUGAAUGGAGACUCUGAGAAUAUGUCAAAUGACACUGCAUUGUUUGUAAUUGAUACAACUCCUGGAUUGAGUGCUGAUAAAAAGUUUUACUUGGAAGAAGAAGACAAAGCUAAUGAGGUUGCUGCUGAGGAGGAAAUUGAAAAGGAACAGGAUGAAAAUAGUGAACUAUCAGAUCAUGACACAAAUUCAGAUAAUGAACUCAGUGAUGAAGAAGAUUUACUAAGUAGCACAAAGUCUAAACUGUAAAAAUUAUUUGAUAGUACAAUUUUCCCCAUGAUUGUAAAGAGCAACAUAAAACAGUUGGGUGGCUUAUAUAUUAAUUUCAAUGCAGACAAACUACAAUCUAAAAAGAAAAUUGUAACACAGAUCAAGGAGAAAUCAAAAAAUGAGCUUUUGCAGAAAACCAUCAUUACACCUGAUUUUGAAAAGAACUAUACUGUCCCACCAUAUAGAGAAUCCAAGUUUCAACUUCAAAAAAAGAGAAGAGAAGAGCGACAAAAAACAGCAGGCAAUGGCUGGUUUGGUAUGAAAGCUCCAGAAUUGACAGAUGAACUGAAAAAUGAUCUCAAAGCAUUGAAGAUGAGAGCUAGCAUGGACCCAAAACGAUUUUACAAGAAAAAUGAUAGAGACGGCUUCCCCAAGUACUUCCAGAUUGGAACCAUUGUUGACAAUCCAGCUGACUUCUACCAUUCACGAAUUCCCAAGAAGGAACGGAAAAGAACUAUUGUGGAAGAACUGCUAGCUGAUUCUGAGUUCAGAAGAUAUAAUCGAAGGAAAUAUUCAGAGAUCAUGGCUGAAAAAGCAGCAAACGCAGCAGGAAAGAAAUUUCGAAAAAAGAAGAAAUUUCGCAAUUAA